AUGGCCAACAGGUGUAUUUACAAUAGUGUGGUUUGCAUAGUGCUUCCACAGGGGUACACAGAUCAAGACAGUGGAGGAGUAAAAUGGGAAGUAGAAGAGACCCAUAAGGCACAAAGAGCCUUCUUUAGUAUGUUUGAUGUGCUGAAUAGUUCACAGAAAAACCUUGUGAAGCUAAUGAAGGAUUCAUUUUCAGAGCUCCUACCUUUAGUGCAUGAGGCAGUCCCAUGUUACAGUGAGUGCAAUCAGUAUUCGUGGGUUGUAGAACACUGGUCUCCAUGCAGAAUCAACAGUGAGCUAAGGGCCUUCCGUUGUGGAGAAGGAAUACAAACUAGAAAAGUCAGAUGUGUAAAUGCCACAGAUGAUAGUGAAAGCAGCAGAGUGGACAGUGCCCAUUGCAAUCAGGCUGAAAUUCCUGCAGAAGCCCAACCAUGUUCACUCCUCUGUCCCAACGAAUGUGUCAUGUCUAACUGGGGACAAUGGAGCAAAUGCCCACAGUCCUGUGAUCCACACUCAAUGAAAAGAAGGAGUCGACAUCUGCUAAGACCUCCACUUAGCUCGAGGACCUGUGCUGAAGAUUCACAAGUACAACCAUGUAUUCUUAAUGAAAACUGUUUCCAAUAUCAUUACAAUAUAACAGAAUGGAGCAUGUGCCAACUGAGUGAAAAUGCAAGCUGUGGACAAGGUGUCAGGACACGCCUUUUGAGCUGUAUGCGUAGUGAUGGAAAGUCAGUCAGUAUGGACUACUGUGAACAGCAAAACUUGGAAAGACCUGUGAAAAUGAGCCUCCGAUGUCUAGUGGAAUGUACAGUGAACUGCCAGCUCUCAGAAUGGACCACUUGGACUGAGUGCUCACAGACCUGUGGCCAUAGAGGUCGAAUGAGUCGGACACGGUUUAUCAUUAUGCCAGCUCAAGGAGAAGGACGACCCUGCCCUACACAGCUUACCCAACAGAAAACCUGUCCUGUGAAGCCCUGUUACAGUUGGGUAAUGGGGGACUGGUCCCCUUGCAAAUUGGAGGGUGGAGACUGUGGUGAUGGAGUUCAAGUUCGAAACCUUUCCUGUGUGGUCCACAAUGCUUCAGUUUCUCCCACUGCCAAACAAGUAGAGAAUACAUUAUGUGGAGAGCUGCUCCCCCAAGAUAGUGUCCUACAGCUGCCUUGCUCUGUGCCUUGCCCAGGAGACUGUCAUUUGACAGACUGGUCGGAGUGGAGUACAUGUGAAUUAACAUGCAUCGAUGGCAGAAGUUUUGAAACUACAGGCCGCCAAUCUCGUUCAAGAACUUUUGUAAUUCAGUCAUUUGAAAACCAAGACAACUGUCCUGAACAGGUGUUAGAGACCCGCCCUUGUAUAGGUGGAAAAUGCUAUCACUAUAUAUGGAAAACCAGUCUUUGGAGAAACAAUGAGCGUACAGUUUGGUGUCAACGCUCUGAUGGUAUUAAUGUCACAGGGGGCUGCUCUGCUCAGUCACGACCUGCUUCAAUAAGACAAUGUAACCCAGCCUGCAGAAAACCUUUUUCCUAUUGUACACAGGGUGGAGUCUGUGGCUGUGAGAAGGGCUAUACUGAAAUAAUGAGAUCAGAUGGUUUCUUGGAUUACUGUGUUAAAAUACCAGGCUCAGAGGAUAAAAAAGCAGAUGUUAAAAACAUUGCAGCAAAGAACAAGCCUGUAAAUUCAAAAAUACAUGAUAUUUUCAAAGGAUGGUCCCUUCAACCUCUUGAUCCAGAUGGCCGAGUUAAGGUCUGGGUUUAUGGUGUUUCUGCUGGUGGUUUUCUCCUCCUGAUAUUCCUGAUAUUUACAUCUUAUCUUGUUUGCAAGAAGCCAAAACAGCAUCAAAGCACAGCUCCCCAACAGAAGCCUCUGACCUUAGCCUACGAUGGAGACUUAGACAUGUAAAAUGAAAAGGAAUCCAAAUGUAGACAUCAACUGCCUUAACUGCUUUCCCUUUUGUAGUUUUCAGACUUCUCAGUUUUUUGAGGAAUCUCUUGAUGUGCUAUACAGGGCAGAAUAUAAAUAUUGCAAACAUAAUUUUGCCUCUGGUUUAUUUGGACACUGAGUCAAAGAUCUUUAGGUCUGGUAUUCUGGGUUUUUUGGGUUGUUGUUUUCCUUCUCCCUCCCCUUCUUCAAGAGACCUGAAAAAUCCAUCUCCUCCUGUCAGAAAAUGGGAGGAAAUGAACCUCAUGAAAUUCCCACAGACUUGAGUGAGAUUAAUCUUCAAUGGCAUGAUGACAAUCCUGAGGAAAGUCCGACCAAGGCGUCUACUGUCAACGACAAGUUCAAUACUGCAUCCUUAUGCACUAUAUUAGUGCAGAUUCUUUAUUCUUCCCAUACAUCAACACUGAGUUUUCUAGAGUUUACAUAUUGGUUCAAAGACUUUCAAAUUUGAUCACCUAUUUUGAUGAACAUAGAAUGGGAUACUCUUUCAGAAAUUCUCUGAGUUUUUACAUGAAAAAUAACUUAUUCUGUUUUGUACGGUGGAUAGAAUAUCUGUGCUAUUAAGUGGAUAGAAAAGAAUCAGGUUGGACAUAUUACUAGACCAGUUGAAAAGAUGACUAUUUCUGCACUGAUUCUGCAUUGGAUGAGAGAUGUAAAGAUGAAGUAGGUGACUAGUUUGGUGAAUGGAGUAGAUUCUUUAAUGAUUAAAACCUGUCUUUUAACUCAAACAUAGCCAUGUAGAUAUAGCAUUGGCCACACACAAUUGUAAUUCAGUUUAAUUACAACAGACCCUGCUUUUGUAAUUUCAAUUUUCUUAUCUGAAUAUUUAUAAAUUCUUUUUUUUGAAUUUAAUUCUCUGACCUCAUUUAAUAUGCAUCAAACACAAAUCCUGUUUGUAGAAAGUCUUGCUUUUUUAAAGUUUAAAUAAUAACUGAAAAAAAUACACAUUAAAAAACUGUGGCAACCAUUUUCCGAAGCUGUUUGUAAUAGUAGAUGUUGCAAGUAAGAAAGUGCCAUCUUGUGGUAUUGACUUGUAUUUAUAACAAAUAAAAUGCUAAAGAGACUGA